AUGAUACAAGUGGGAAGAUUAUGGAUUAGCGGCUUCUUGCUGCUGACCAUAAGGCUGCUAAGUUCAGGGUCAAAAUGGAGAUUGCCACUGGCAGCAACACUCUCGGCCCCGGCUCCGCAGAGAAGACCUGCCCUAGGCCUUAUUAACAUCAGUAACGGUACUAGAUGGCGCAAUAAACUCGUAGAACCAGCCGCAUGUUUCGUUGGACGAUAUGGAGCACCUGGACCUUGUAAAACUAUAUUCAGGGCAAAAAGACACUCUGAAUUUGCUGCUACCGGUGAUGACGGAGUUUCCGGAAUCGCUAAUAUCGGACUUUUUCGACGUGUAUGGGAGACGGUAAAGCGUUUUUUUGGAGCUGGAGAGAGGGCUGAUGCUUCGCAACUCCUUCAAGUGAGAGACCGGAUAACAGUUCCAGGCUCACGGCCAUUCUCACCAAUGACCAUCAACAUGGCAAUGUCAGACACUGGCGCGGGUGCUCUCGCGGAGUCAUCACCGUAUGCUCAACUGGUACAAUCUCAACCGUCGGCCGUAAUGACGCAUUUUGUGGACCAGGCGCCAUUGCGUGUUCGGGAAGCAGUGAAGAGUACGGUGUCCUCCUUGGUAGGGUCAUUGUAUCGCCAUUGUGUAGAAACAACGAUCAUAACCACGGCGGAGAGACUCGCAGCAUUGAUACAUAGUAUGCAAAUGACGGGCUAUAUGUUAUGGAACGCGGAGUGCCGAUAUUGCCUAUCGCAGCAGCUGGAGCAGGACACUCCCCCGCCGCCUGCGAAUGUUACCGCCAAUGCAGAACGCAGUGGAGCAGGGUUAGAAUUGAAGGACCAAAUAACUCCACCUUGCAACAAAGAUAGUCUCUUGUGGUAUAUCAAAAAUAUGCCAGACGAAACUGCCAACGCGUUACUUGACAACAUAACAACGGACGUCAUGGAGGCUAUGCAAAAAUCGGCCGACCUGGUGGUAGAGUCCCUAACUGGCAUGGCGUUAGCCCAAAGGCCACCGAUAUCCACACCCAUGAACAAUGGUGCAUACCCACCGAGGGUGAUAGUCCAACAGACGGGAUCGUCAUGUGUACAGUUGUGUUUCUGGCAGCUGGCACUGGGAUACUGUUUACGGCAGCAAGAAGCCAAGCUAGAAUUACAAAACGCACUCAAAGAUAGUUAA